CUUUGUUUGUAAACUUAAGAGUUGAAGUUCUGGGUGGACUUAGUGACAUGAGCUUUGUAAAAGGUUGUCUUGAAGCCUUUUUGGGUGCUGCACGGCAUCUGUUGUCUGGCAGCCUUCCAGAUGGAUAGUUCCUUUAUUGGCAUGAUGGCAUAUAGCUAGUAGCGCUUCAUCAGAGAUUUAAGAGGAUUUUCCUGUGGGGGAAAAAUGAAGCUUUUAUCAGAUUUUAGCCUUGACAGGCUACAAAACUUUCUGAAACAUUUUAAUGUCUUUAGGGUAAUAUGGGUAGUUAUUUACUGCUGAUCUGGUGUGUGUAUUUAUAGCUGUCCCCCCCAACUUUAUGGUGAUUUGUCCUUGGAUAAAGAGCCAUGCUGCUGUUCGAUAGCAGUGAAAUGUAUUUAAAGGUGACCUGCAAAAAAAACCAAAAGUCAGGUUUGUGCUUUGGCAUGUGCUGCAAUACAGCUAGGGGCUUUGGAAAUCCUGUUCGUGGUGUUUCCCCCUUCCCCGCUUCUAUUUAACUGUUCCAUGUGAAUGGGAGCUGCCUUAGUUUGUUUAUCUUGGCAUCUUCAUGUCUUGAAGAAGAUGAAGUAAUAGAGGUGACUGCUCUCAGGUGGUGGCAAGUCUAAAUGUACUGUUAUUUCUUUAAGCUGAUGCCUGACUUACUGGAUUGUCACCUUGGAAAUGCAGCGGAGUGGCAAGAAAAUGCUUGGCUUCUCCAUCAUUAAAAUAUCUCAAAGCAAGUUAAGAGUGAUUAAUACAGUUACUCCUCUUGUGGGUCACUUCUGAAAUACAUAGUAUCAGUCAUAAUUGUCUUGCAAAGUAGUGAUCAGUGUUCACUUGUUCGAACUAGGCAGGGAAUCAUAGUUAAUGCGUUCACAAGUUGUGGCCUGAUGAAUGGGAAAACCAAUUUCUAAAGGGUUUUAAAAUGUUUGUCUUUGGAAGCAAAAUGGUACUGAGUCUGCGUAAUGAACUUCAGGACUAUAAGCCCUGGGAAACUUCUGUAACUGGAGGCUGUGAAACGUUGAUGCUUGAGAUUCAGCAAUGGUUUUCCGUAAUGUGAAGAAUUACAAUCUUAAAGACUUCUUUAACAGGCCCUAAUUAUGAACAGUCCCUUGCCGUAAGCUAUGCUUUUACUGUGCUGCACAAGAUACAUUGGUUAAUAGGAGUAUCUGUAUGUGUAGAUGUCUAACUUUUAAGUACUGUGUUGAAUUCCGUUCCAAGUGUCUUGUGGUUUCUCUCCAGUUCACGUGGAUGGAAAAGUCCGGUGUGAGAUUGUUUCCUGCCUUGCUGUUCAGCUACUCAUUCCAGCAGAUACUCCUAGGGGAACGUUGAAACCUCUUCAUUCUGUCUGCAGGGCUUGUUAUGCUAAACAUUGAGAAGCAUUGUUCUUGGUUUUUGGGACUGCUUGUUAAAAUACAACAGUUUAGAUCUGCUGUGUAGUUGUGAUUCAUGCUAAUUAGUCACCAACUUCUAUCAAAUUGGUGCUCUUGUGCUGUGUUUGAACUUGCUCAAUCGGUACUUCUUGAUACAAGGCAUAGUUCCAAGAACCAGGAAUGUGACUGUGGAAAAAUCUAAAUGUUAGAAUUCUUGGUUCGUAAGUGUAAGAAUUACAGGCCAAAUGUUCAAGGUUUUGGGAGCACGUGAAACAGAUCUGUACACAAAGGGUAAGCAUAGGUGUUUCAUGACUGCUCCAUCGCUUGGCAGUUGUCAAGACUUAAGCUGUUAGCAGGUUGCUGAACGUAGGAGGAGUUCACCUCAGUCGGCUGUUUUGCGUCAGUAAGUAUGGUUUAGGAGACAUGAGCUUUGAGGUCUACUCAUAUUUUUGCAACCUGGUUUUCUGAGAUGCGUACAGUCGUCUAAAGGUGACCUCUCAAGAGUAAUGACUUGGUUCAGUCAUUUCAGUGUAUUUCAGUUGGUGAAACUCAAUUACAGGUAUGCAGUACGACAUGGUUAUUAAUGGAACUAAAAAAUGUUCUUGUUUGAAACUCCCUUGUAUCGGCUGACAAACACAAGGUUCUACUAAACUGAUGUAAUCAGCAUUGAUAACUGGCAAUUGGUGGACGGCUUCAGGAGAAGAGUAAGGCAGCAGUUCUUCAGCGUGUAAGUGGAGUCUAAAUGUAAAUAUGAUUGAAUGCUAAAUAGCUGUCUUAGUCUGUCCUCUAACAAAUGGCUAUGUCAUAGGCAAAAAAUGGUAGUGCUUCCUGGCUGCUGGCAUCAGUGAGGUGAUAGCAGAUGAUAAAAAAAGAACUUGUCUUUGAUUUUGAGAUGUUUAUUGGUUCCUUUACGAAAUACAGAAUUUUGUAUUAAACGUUUUUACUGACCAGAGUAGCAAGAUGGUAUACAAUACAAAGAGAAAGAGUAGCUGUAACAUGAGGCAAUGGUCAUGUUCUGCUCUGUUGCAAAGCUGGGAGCUACUGCAGUCAAGGCGGUGCUCGUGUUGCAUUCAAAGCUUCCAGGACAGUCCAGAGACUGUUUGUAUUGGCUUUUACCCCGUCUGCAUCAGGGAGAGCUGCACUGUGGAUCAGGUCUGCCUGCCUGCCCCUUCAUAGCAAAACCUGGAUAUGUGAACACAUGUGAGGAAAAGAAGCAACAAAGCUUCCCUAGCUUAAAAUUUCUGUGAAGGAAAGCAGCUACUAAGCUUCAUGUGCUGUCUUCUUUCUCGAUGCAUCUCUGGAAUUUUUUUGGCACCUCUGUGACCUCCUAAAGCUGUAACUUGUGCCUUCUUGCUGUUGUGCUCAAUACCAGGUGUUAGUGCUGGAAAGCACCAGUUACUCUGAUACCUGAAGACAGCUGGAGGGUCCUCUGGGUUUUGAUGUCCAAGACUGUUGCAGUGUGCUUACAGUCUGAAGUUUUACAGGGCAAAGAAAAAAAGAUGAAUAAGUAAUAUGAAAGUGCUGUUCCACAUUUGGCUUGUUCCCCCUUAGUUUUAGUAGAUGUGCUAAUGAGUUGCUCUGUUUUCACUGACCUUAACCAUCUUUUCAAGGAGAUGCUCUCCUUCAUCCGUGGAUACAAGCUUUUUCACUUUGCCUUGCUCUCCUGGGCUGUCAGAGAGGCAAAAUUCUCUCAGGCGAAAGUGAGAUUUCCCUUCCCCUACUGUAAAGGAAUAGCUUGCCAAUUCUUCUGUCUCUGCUUUGGAAAGAAGGUUUUUCUUUCCUUUUAAAUAAAACUUUAUAUGAGUAUGACUUUGUCUUGUCUCUCCCCAGCCCAAACUCCCGACGUAACUUUUUAGGGGUUGCCUGUCACAGGCUUUAAACUAACUGAAGGAGAAGCUGUGACUAAUUCUGAAUUGCCUCAUGUUGAAAGUAUUAGGCUUUUGAGGGCAGGGUCCUCUUCAAUCAGUCACACUGCUUGUGGUUCCUUGCUUCAGAAGGUGAUGGAGCAUCCAUACAGUUUUGUAGUUACAUUUACAGUAACGUCUGGAGAGUCUUACUUCUCUAUUUAGUAUGUACUUCUGACCCUGUAGGGGAAAGAAAUAACUGUGAUAUAAAGUAUUUACCCCUUUUUCAGUUUCUGUGCUGCUCCUCUUGCUGAGACUUGCCUCUUUGCACCUUUUACGCCUUUUACAGCUUUGUGGUUUGUUGUGACUAUUAAAAUCGUGUUGCCCAAUUUUAGACUCUUCAACAUUGACAUCUACAUCUGAGUUUAUCCUAGUUACUUCCCAGAUAAGUCUUAAGGGCUAGGUGAAUUCAUCUGAGCCGUGCCCCAAGUCACCAUAUGGAUGUACUUAUCUAAGCUUCCUGAACAGUCACUGAAGAAUAUCUGCAUGUUGACAGACUAGCCUGGCUUGGUCAUCUUGACUUCCCAUGCAGAGAAACUUCUUUGGAAAGUGGAUAUAAAGUUUAAGGAGACAAAAAAUGAUGGCCGUAAUAAGUGUAACACUGGCAAUUCUUUUGAUUUGUCUUGCAUUUCUAGUUAUUGCAAUGACUUCUGCUUUAAACUCUUGUUUUAAGAACAUUGAGUUUCUGAACUUUCUAACCUGUGAGAUUCAAAACAAUAAAGUAGUCGUUCUGCUAAGUGGAGUCCUAAAGACACCAUGGGGAGCAUAUUUCUUUAUUAUACUUGCAUUGACUUACAGCGAGUAAUUUCUGCCAGUUUUAUAUCCCUUUGGAGGCUGGUCUGUUUUGAGUUCAUUAAGUAAAUCUCUUGUGCCUGAAAGAAAUUUCCCCACUUGUGGAUAUAGGAUAUGUUUGCUGAUAGAAGUCAGGUAUCUUCUAGCAGAAAGGAAAUCUACCUGGAUCACUAUGUUAUGUAUGCUCUCUGAGGCAGGUUUAGUAUGUGAAUGUCUGCCAUUGGUAGUUUUCCAUGGCUUAAUUGCCUAUGCACUAUUGUAGGCUCCCCUUCUCUGCUGUUCGGCUUUAUCCUCAGUGCCUGAUGUUCUGAUACAUGGGGCUGGGAUCUAGAAAAAAGCCAAGUAAAAUGUGACCUAGCAUAGGCUGUUAAAAACACCUUCCUUUGCCAGCCUCAAACAAUAGUCUCCUGGAAAAAGUGUCAUGUUGAAUUGUUUUAUAUGUUUUUCAAGUGAAAAAAUGCAUUUUUAUUUCAGUUAUUCUGUACUCUGGACUUAGUGUCUUGGAUUCUGAACUGUUACACUGUUUUUUCUGUUGUUCCCCUCCCCCUGCUUUUUUUUUUUUAAAUUUGGCUGUUCAGGAAGUUCAGAUGUCCUUUCAAGGAAAGUGUCUACUUCAAGAUGUAUACUUAGUUUUUAAUAUAGGUGUCUAAGGCUUGAAUGUCAAUCACUGAGGGAAAUUGGCACAUGUAAGACUUUCCAAGUGAUGCAUGAUUGCUGCUGUGAUAGACUCCUGGAAAUCUUGUAGUUCAGAGGUCAGAUUUGUUAAAGAGUAAAAAUUAAAUCAUAUUCAACAUGUUAUAUCCGAGCUUGACAAACUUCUUUGGACGUGUUUGUGUGGAUCUGAAGGAAGAAUCGUAGCUGAUUUUGAUUAGCGUCUGGGAGAGGAGAGCCCUCAGUCCAUGGGCUCAGUAAUAGUGUUAUUAUUAGCAAAGUCACAGACUUCUGGCCUCUGUGAAAUGGCGUGGUUUUGUAUUGUAGGUAAUGUGGGAAUUUGUCAUCAAUUGUGCAUCAAUUGUUGAAACACAUUUACAUUUUUGAUCAAAGUUUGGUUGAACCCUGGCUGCUGCUGUUGAGGUGGAUGGCUUCAGAAUGUCUUGGUAACGCUGGGCACUUGGAUUCGGUGCAUGUGCCACCAAGGACCAGUCCAGGAGGGCUGUUGACAGUGCAGUCCCUUGGAAACGAUUCCAUGUAUGCUAUGUCAUUUUGUUAGGCUUCAGUUCAAGAAAUAUUAUUUAGAUAUCGAGGCUGUGGACAGUAAUUGGAUGCUCUGAUCUGGAUGCCCUGUCCCUUUCAAAGGGGCGUGCUCAUUAACCUCCACCAGUCUGAAACGCUGUCCUUAUGAAAACGACUGCCUGGAUAACUGGUGUUGAGCUGGAAUGCUGAUAUUAGAGAUUUUUUUUUUUUAGUGAGAAGUGGAGAUUAAAAACAAAGCGAUUUCAUUAAGCAUUCCUUUUAUUUCAGCUUUGAAUGACACCUUAAGGAUAUUCCUUUUGCAUAAUAACGCCGAGUGUCCUGUAAGUGACUGGGCCUGUAGGAGGCUGGGCCUAACGCAUCUCCCUAUCUCUGUUGCUUGCGAAGAGGUAGACCGAGAGUGAGACUCGGUUCCUAGCUCAACGUAUGCUGUCAGUAUUCAGACUGGGUUGUGUUUUCCCACAAAGUGUGCUUUUCACCUUUUGGAUAAUGCAACUUGGAGUCCUCCUGUCUUAAUUGUAAAAACUAAUACUUCCAAAAUCGGAAAGAAAAAGUAAAAAUUGUUUUCUUUGAUUCUUCUGUAUGCCAGUCACUUCAAGGGCAGCAGCUGUUUUGGUAGUUGUAUUCUGGAGGUCCAUGAUACGGUUACGUGGUCAUAAAAAGGCAAUCCUGGUCUUGUGAGGAAAGGUGCGGAUGUAGUUUUCCAGCGCGUUUUGCCAGUUUCUGUAGAUGGGCUCAUCUUGUGAGCAAAUAUGGCAGAUUGCUUAAUACUACUUAUUAAAGAAAAAAAAAAAAAGGACUUUAUUGUGGCUUAACAAAAGACAAAACCCACUGAAAUGAAUAGGAGACAGUCGGUGAUCUGUUGAUUCAAUCUGACUCCCUUUUUUGGAAGUUUAUCUUUAAAUCCAGAGAAAAGCAAAUAACUGUCCAAGUUACGGACUAUUGAGACAAGAUUGCAUAUUGUGUGAAGUGGCGGAAAGUUGUUCUUGCAUACUUUCCCAUGGAUUUGGAUUGCCUCAAGUAUUGAGUGGGUACUAAAGAUGAAGGAAACUGAUAUUGUGGAAAUAGCUGGCUUUUGAAGUGGAGGAAAAUCAAGAACAUGUUUAACUGUUUUAAAACUACUGCAUACCUGUAAUUGUCCAGUUUUGUGGUCUAGUGAAUAUGGAGUGUUUCUGAGCUUUCUUAUAAGGCAGAGGCUCCAUACACGGUUGUUGAUUGUUCUAAAUUCCCAUUGUUUUCUUGGCUUUUCUCCCUUGGUAUAUGUGUCGUCUGGAAUCUGAUUUGUAGUUGGUGAGGUAACAUACGUGGAGCUCUUAAUGGACGCUGAAGGAAAGUCAAGGGUAAGUGUUUGAGAGAUUUCUUCUGUGGAUUUUCUACAUGACAAAUGUAACUGUAUGGUGACGUGGAACGAAAGGAAGUCAGGAAGGUAGAGAGUGUGUAUGCUUAGUGGCUAUAACAUAGGCUUGCUUAAAGCUUCUUUGAGGGUGGGGAGGAGGUGGGCUGGGGCCUUGUAAACAGUGUUAGGGUGGUCUUCCACCGUGUUCAGUUGGCGUUGGCUGUUUGAAUGACCCAUGGACCCUAGCAGUAUGUAUAGUGGUAUGGAAUAUUAAUGAAAUACUUGUGUUUUGGAAGUGUCACUGUAGUGGUUUGCUGAAUUUGUAAGGCCAGUGUGCAAAAGCAGGUUCUGUAAACUACACUUCCUGUGCCAGUAAAUAGAAUUAAAUUCCUAAAUGUAAAGGUAUAUUGCCUUCAUAGGUACCUAAAUCCUUUAGUCCAGUGACAGUAUCUUACAGGGAAAAAUCGUAGGAGCACGCUUAACUGCAUUGAAGGAUAUGGAUUUAGAGUGAGAGAAUAUGGCGAGGGUUUUGCUGUAUGAAGAACAGGUCACAUGAAGCGUGUGGUAUUUUUGGAGAAUCGGGACUUAGUUCUGUUUGUUACAACUUCAGAAACUACUGUUUAACCCUGUUCAUGCAUAAGAAAUUAUAUCUUAUGGAAUUCAAGUAUUGAAGGCUUUAUUGGGUAAGAUUGUUUGUUUUCAUUAUUAGGGCUAACUAAUGUGAUUUGACUUUUUUUUUUUUAAAAAAAGGGGUUUGUUUUGUUCUUUUACUUACUUUAUUUCUUCUUUCUUCCCUCCUCCCUGUUAUUCGCCUGUGAAAUCAUCUCAUCAGGGAUGCGCUGUUGUUGAAUUCAAGAUGGAAGAAAGCAUGAAAAAGGCUGCAGAGGUUUUGAACAAGCAUAGUCUUGGUGGAAGACCAUUGAAAGUGAAAGAAGUAAGACGUGCAUCUGUUCUUUCAGAUCCUGACGGUGAGCAUGCCAGGAGAGCAAUGCAGAAGGUCAUGGCAGCAGCUGGUGGAAUGGGUAUUGGUCCAGGCCCGGGUGGCCCCGGCAUGAUCAAUAUCCCGCCUAGUAUACUCAACAAUCCCAACAUACCCAAUGAGAUUAUUCACGCCUUACAGGCAGGGAGACUUGGAAGCACUGUCUUUGUGGCAAAUUUGGAUUACAAGGUUGGUUGGAAGAAACUGAAAGAAGUAUUCAGCAUGGCCGGUGUUGUGGUUCGGGCAGACAUACUGGAAGAUAAAGAUGGCAAAAGUCGUGGGAUUGGCACUGUCACUUUCGAGCAAGCUAUAGAGGCUGUUCAGGCUAUAUCAAUGUUUAAUGGGCAGCUGCUGUUUGACAGACCGAUGCAUGUAAAAAUGGACGAACGAGCCUUUCCCAAAGGAGACUUCUUUCCUCCAGAGCGACCCCAACAACUUCCUCAUGGUCUUGGUGGUAUUGGCAUGGGAUUAGGACCUGGAGGUCAACCUAUUGAUGCAAAUCAUUUAAACAAAGGCAUGGGAAUGGGCAACAUGGGACCUGGAGGAAUGGGAAUGGAAGGCAUGGGCUUUGGAAUGAAUAAAAUGGGAGGAAUGGAAGGUCCUUUUGGUGGCAUGGAAAACAUUGGUCGCUUCCCAGCUGGAAUGAACAUGGGCAGAAUGAGCGAGAUGGAUCGUGCCAUGGGGGGAGGAUUUGAAAGAGAAUUCGGAAGAAAUGAAAUGGGAAUGUCUCGUAGUUUUGGAGAGACCUUGGAGAGAGGAAUAGGUGGUGGAAAUGCCAGCAUUCCUGGGAUUGAGAGGAUGGCACCUGGCAUUGAUCGUAUGGGCUCGGGAAUAGAAAGAAUACCUUCCGGGAUGGGGCAUGGGAUGGAGAGAGUAGGGUCAGAAAUAGACAGGAUGGGUCUUGUUUUGGAUCGCAUGGGCUCCAACGUGGAGCGAAUGGGUUCAGGAAUUGACCGAAUGGCCCCUCUGGGCAUAGAUCACAUUGCUCCUAACAUUGAGAGGAUGGGCCCGGCUAUCGAGAGAAUGGGUUCUGGCAUAGAAAGAAUGGGUUCUGGAAUAGGCUUUGGCAUCGAGAGAAUGGGUGCCGCCAUCGACCGCGUUGGCACCACUAUGGACAGGAUGGGAUCAGGUGUAGAACGUAUGGGUUCUGGCAUGGAUAGAAUGGGUAUCGGUAUGGAGCGUAUGGUCCCUGCUGGAAUGGGAACUGGAAUGGGUCAGGUGAUAGAGAGGAUGCCAGCCGGUUUGGAUCGCAUCGGUGCCGCUCCUAUAGAAAGAAUAGGAAUAGAUCGUAUGGGUGCUGCUGGCAUGGAGAGAAUGGGCUUGGAGCGCAUUGGAGCCACUAAUAUGGAAAGAAUGGGCCCUGCUAUGGGGCAGGGCAUGGGAGCAGGCAUAGAUCGAAUGGGACUUGCAAUGGGAAGCAAUUUUGAAAGACCAAUGGACAUGGAACGUGGAAACUUUGCAGGCAAUUUUGCAGGCUCCCUUGGAGGAACUGGAGGACCUGCAGCUGGGGUGGCCAGAAAAGCCUGUCAGAUAUUUGUGAGAAAUCUGCCUUUUGAUUUUACAUGGAAAAUGCUGAAAGAUAAAUUUAAUGAAUGUGGUCACGUGCUGUAUGCUGACAUCAAGAUGGAGAAUGGGAAGUCUAAAGGCUGUGGUGUGGUUAGAUUUGAGUCCCCAGAAGUAGCUGAGCGAGCCUGCCGUAUGAUGAAUGGGAUACAGCUUCGUGGGAGGGAGAUUGAUGUGCGAAUUGAUAGAAAUGCUUAAGUAGUUGCCUUUUUAACAGGGAUACCAGAUUUUUGAAUUUGUAUUUUUUCUCGUUAACCAUUUUAAUUUGACUGGAUGUAAAGGUGUUAAAACGAUUCAUUUGCUUUCUGGAGUAAUUUUAAUUACUUUUUUAACAAAUGGAUUUCCAUUUUACUGUUUUUUGCAUUGAAACUGCAAUGUGCACAAUCUUUUUUUGUAGUUGUGGCAUCUUGUUGACAUUACAGAUGUAAACAGUAUGACUUUGAUAAUAAAUGCAAGUUAAAGAUUUCAGUAACAGCAUCGUUACUGGCAUCGCAUCCUCUGCUUGUGAAAUUAUCUGUAAUCUGAGUUCAGUAAACUAGAAUUUGUAUUCUUA